AUGCCAAAGAGAAAGUCUGCGCCUACAGCUGCCAGGCCUACCUCGAAGUCGGAGCGAGCAGUCGCUGCAACCACUCCGCAGCACGAUACUUCAACACCAGCCACGCGAUCCUCAAAGAGAACUAAGGUCACGUCCUCUACAAAAAGCAAAUACUUCAGCGGUUCUGGGAACGACGAGGACAGUGAGGACGCAGGUGCUUCCGAUUCGGGAUACGAUGAUCAAGAUGUCAAAGAGUCUGACGCGUCCGAGUCUGAAGUAUCGGAAGCCAGCGACGACUCUGAUAUAGACCACACAAAGGCACGGCGGUCCAAAAAAGGGAGGCCGUCUGGUAGUACGAGUAAGGCAACGGUGUAUGAAAAAACCGACCUGUGGCGAGAAGGCGUCAAGACUGGACUCGGCCCUGGCAAACAAGUCUUUAUUGAGAGACCGAAAGCACGAGGAGACGGCGGUAUUGCGUAUGUGCCUGAAAGAAUACAUCCUCACACUUUGGAAUUUCUCAAAGAUCUGAAGAGAAACAACGAUAGAAUUUGGCUGAAAGCUCAUGAUGCUGAUUUUAGAGCAUCCUGGAAAGACUUUGAGAGUUUCGUGGAAGUCCUCACCCAGAAAAUCGCAGAAAUCGACGAAACUGUACCUGAAUUACCUCCGAAGGACUUGGUAUUCAGAAUAUAUCGUGACGUGCGUUUCUCAUCAGACCCUACACCGUAUAAACCGCACUUCUCAGCAGCAUUCUCCCGAACUGGUCGCAAGGGUCCAUACGCAUGUUACUAUGUUCAAAUUCAACCUGGCGGAAGAUGUUUCGUUGGUUCUGGGUUGUGGCAUCCAGAAGCGGCACCACUGGCUUUGCUGCGAGCGGAUAUCAAUUCCAAUCCUGAUCAAAUUCGCAACGUGCUCAUGGAUGCAGGUAUGCGGAAACACAUCUUUGGUGGCGUAGGCAAGGAUGUCAAAAAGGCCACGCAGGCUUUUUGCAAGCAGAAUGAGGAGAAUGCACUAAAGACCAAGCCCAAGGGUUACGAUGUGGACCAUCCCAAUAUCGAACUUUUGCGACUAAAGAAUUUCACCGUUGGACAGAAUAUUUCAGAUGAUGAUAUUCUUAGUUCUGGAGGCUUGGGGCGCAUACUUGAACUCAUUAGAGUCAUGCAACCAUUCGUGGCUUACCUCAACAGCAUUGUGAUGCCCGACGAAGCAGCCGAUACAGAUGAUGACUCUUCCUCGUCUUCCUCAAAUACCAGCCCCACGGAAGACGAAGACUGA